AUGAGGAAAUCCCACCUCCUCGCGGCGUUGGCUGCCAGCGCGAGAAUGGUGAACGGGUUUGGCUAUUCGAGCUAUCCAAACUGCGCAGUUCUCUGUGUGAUGGACGCAUUGCCAAGGUCGCCAUGCCGCGCGCUCGACGCCGCUUGCCUCUGCGCCGACACCACUUUCACGCAUAUGGUCGCGCCUUGCAUCAAGGCGAACUGCACAAUGGCAGAAAGUCUGGAAUCCGUGAGAGUUUCGGCAAAUGCCUGUGGGGUGACAGUUACGGACAACACAGCCCUUCCGCGAUAUCUCACUGGCAUACUGUUUGCAUUGCCAACUGUGUUCAUUGGCACCAGAAUACUCAACAAAGUCUUAAAUCCUCUUCCUUGGGGGGCAGAUGAUUUCAUGGCGAUCACUGGAUACGUCAGUUGGCCCACUACUAUGAGCUCCGGGACUUUACUGAUGCAGACAGCGCAGGUUUGCACUAUUCCUUUGGUGCCCUUGAUUUAUCGAUCCUUGAAUAUCGGUCUCGGAAAUCCUAUUUGGACAGUUACGCCCACCAAGAUGGUGGAAUUCCUUCAGAUGUUGUUUGCGACACAAAUUCUUUAUGUUGUAGGGCUCAUGACCCUCAAAGCAUCAGUGCUGUUCUUCUUUCUUCGAAUUUUCCCCACACGCGGCUUCCGAAAGAUCAUUUGGGCCACCCAUGGCCUCAACUUUCUCGUCGGAUUCAUUUACAUAAUCCUGACCUUUGCGCAGUGCCGACCCCUUUCACUGUAUUGGACAGGGUGGGAUAAGAAUGCGAGCUACAAAAACGAGAGAUGCCUCGACUUCAACAAAUUCAUCUUAUCACACGCCAUCCUCAACAUCAUCCUGGACGUCUGGAUGCUGAUUCUGCCAUUGACGCAGCUUUACAAGCUGAAUUUGAUUUUGCGGAAAAAGAUUGGAGUCAUGCUGAUGUUCAGUGUGGGGUUGUUCCUUACUGCUGUCAGUGCUAUCCGGAUCCACACAAUGGUCCGCUUCAUGACCGAUAGCAACGUAACAUCUCAAGCACUUUGGGUCUAUGUCUGGACGUUCACCGAGCUCUGCGUCGGCGUAUUUGUAGCGUGCAUGCCAAACGCCGGUCAACUGUGGAGAACACUGUUCAUGAAGCCAAAGGCCAAGGCGAUCGGAGAAUCCAAAUCCAGACGACACUCUGCGUAUGGAGCAGAGAUGGUCUCGUUACCGGAACAGAGUCAGAAGCAAAGAGAAAAUUCGGUCGCGUCAUGCAGUGAGGGAUCAGAAAACGCUGUGCCGCAGUCUAAUCACUCGCCCGUCUGA